AUGGAUUCGUCGUCAGCCGAUGACGACUUGGAUUUGAACGUUUUUGACCCAUACACACAAGCCGCGUUGAUCAGAGGAGGUUUUUUAUCAUCUAAAAAUAUUUUAAAGUAUACUGAGGCCGAAUUUAGAAAAAAAGUAAAAUUGACAGUAGUAGCAACUCACCGUGUGUUUAUUGCAGCAGCUAAUAUAAGUGCUUCAAAUGUCAAGUGUCAUCAAGAGCCAAACAACCAUGUACUUACUACAGGCUGUAAACAGAUCGAUCAACUUUUGGGUGGAGGCCUAUUCAAAUAUGGCAUUACAGAGGUCUCUGGCGAAAGCGGCUGUGGGAAAACACAAUUUUGCUUGCAGAUUGCGCUCACUGUCCAACUACCAUUAUCUCUCAAAGGAGCAAAAUCUGGAGCUGCAUACAUUUGUACUGAAGACCGAUUUCCCUCUAGUCGAAUACAACAGAUGAUUUCUAAUAUUCGUUUUAAGUAUCAAUGUGACAGUAAAACUGAUAUGAAUGAAUUAUGUCAAACAGAUUAUGGAGACAAUAUUCUGAUUAGUCACAUAGCAACUGUGGAAGAUUUAAAAAAAUGUAUCCAUGAAAUGCUUCCAAGAGCACUGUUACACAGACCUAUAAAGAUCAUUGUCAUUGAUAGUAUAACAGCUGUAUUCCGUGGAGAAUACACACCAAGUGAAGUACCUCGUAGAUCCAGAGAUCUCAGAGAUAUAGCGGUUUUUCUACAUAAGCUAUCUGUUGAGCAUGGACUAUGGAUCAUAUGUGUUAAUCAGGUAACAUCAUCAAUAUCAGAUAUCGGCGGAAAUAAAUUAGUUCCAUCUUUGGGACUUGCGUGGGCGAAUUUAGUGACUACUAGACUUAUGAUGUCCAAGACACAUUCUUCUAGAUACAUUGAAGUGAUGUUCAGCCCACAUACAGCUCCAACAAGUGUUCCUUUUAGAGUUACUGAACAAGGGAUUGUAUGA